GGGGCAUCGGCAAGUCCUGAGCUCAUUGAUCGCCUUUUCCAGCUCACCUUCACUGAUUUUGUGCGCAAGCAGGACCGUUAUCUUGCUCUUCUGGGCGUCACUGGUUCGGCUGCCGGCAGACGUGCACUCUGGCGGCUUGUCAAGACACGGAUUGGAACCCUGCCUGAGGAACUAGCCACCCUCGCCAUGCUCUCUUACGUCCUAAAGGGAAGUUGUGCGGACUUCUGCGAUAUGAACAGACACGCCGAAGUUAAGACAUUCUUUGACACCCACCCGGUGUCCUGUGUGCGUGCGGUGAACCAGGCUCUUGAAUCUGUGAAAAUCAACUCGAAGAUCGCACAACGUGACUACGCCGAUGCUGCUGCCUUCCUGCGUUCUCUCGUCAACACCAGCUAG